AUUCCAGCCAUCUCUCUACCUGUGAUGAGAGCCUCCCGCCGCCUCAGCCAGUGCCCCACCGGGGGGCCUUGGGCCCCGGGCAUGCGGUGAUCUCAGAGCAAGGGCAGCCGCCGCCACCCGACCUCACCAGCCAUGAAUGCCCACCCCAAGGAGAUGGUGCCCCUCAUGGGCAGAAAAGCCACCGUCACCAGUGGGAACCAAGUCGUCCUACAGGAGAAGCGGCCAGCGGAGAUCACCCCCACUAAGAAGAGUGCAAACCUGGCCAAAGAAGAGCAGAGGCGGAAAAAGAAGCGGCUGAAGAAGUGCCUCUUUGCGGCUGUGUCCGAGGGCUGCGUGGAGGACCUGGUGCAGCUACUGGUGGAGCUGCAGGAGCUUUGCAAGAGGCGCCGCAACCUGGACGUGCCCGACUUCCUCAUGCACAAGCUGACGGCCUCAGACACAGGGAAGACCUGCCUGAUGAAGGCCUUGCUGAACAUCAACCCCAACACCAAGGAGAUCGUGCGGAUCCUGCUCGCCUUUGCCAAUGAGAACGACAUUCUGGACAGGUUCAUCAACGCCGAGUAUACCGAGGAGGCCUACGAAGGGCAGACGGCGCUGAAUAUCGCCAUCGAGCGGCGGCAGCGAGACAUCACAGCGCUGCUCAUCGCGGCCGGCGCCGACGUCAACGCCCACGCCAAGGGGGUCUUCUUCAACCCCAAGUACCAGCACGAGGGCUUCUACUUCGGCGAGACACCCCUUGCCCUGGCAGCAUGUACCAACCAGCCUGAGAUCGUGCAGCUGCUGAUGGAGAACCAGCAGACAGACAUCACCUCGCAGGACUCACGGGGCAACAACAUCCUACAUGCGCUGGUGACGGUGGCCGAAGACUUUAAGACACAGAAUGACUUCGUUAAGCGCAUGUAUGACAUGAUCUUGCUGAGGAGUGGCAACUGGGAGCUGGAGACCAUGCGCAACAAUGACGGCCUCACCCCGCUGCAGCUGGCCGCCAAGAUGGGCAAGGCCGAGAUCCUGAAGUACAUCCUCAGUCGUGAGAUCAAGGAGAAGCGACUCCGGAGCUUGUCCAGGAAGUUCACCGACUGGGCAUACGGGCCCGUAUCAUCCUCGCUCUACGACCUCACCAACGUGGACACCACCACAGACAACUCGGUGCUGGAAAUCAUUGUCUACAAUACCAACAUUGAUAACCGGCACGAGAUGCUGACCCUGGAGCCCCUACACACGCUGUUGCGUAUAAAGUGGAAGAAGUUUGCCAAGUACAUGUUCUUCCUGUCCUUCUUCUUUUAUUUCUUCUACAACAUCACCCUGACUCUCAUCUCUUACUACCGACCCCGGGAGGAGGAGGCCCUGCCGCACCCCCUGGCCCUGACGCACAAGAUGGGGUGGCUGCAGCUCCUGGGAAGGAUGUUCGUGCUCAUCUGGGCCAUGUGCAUUUCUGUGAAGGAGGGCAUCGCGAUCUUCCUGCUGAGACCCUCGGAUCUGCAGUCCAUCCUCUCGGAUGCCUGGUUUCACUUUGUCUUUUUUGUCCAAGCUGUGCUUGUGAUACUGUCUGUCUUCUUGUACUUGUUUGCCUACAAAGAGUACCUCGCCUGCCUCGUGCUGGCCAUGGCCCUGGGCUGGGCGAACAUGCUCUACUACACGCGGGGGUUCCAGUCCAUGGGCAUGUACAGCGUCAUGAUCCAGAAGGUCAUUUUGCACGAUGUUCUGAAGUUCUUGUUUGUAUAUAUCGUGUUCUUACUCGGAUUCGGAGGAGCCCUGGCCUCGCUGAUUGAGAAGUGUCCCAAGGACCACAAGGACUGCAGCUCCUAUGGCAGCUUCAGCGAUGCUGUGCUGGAACUCUUCAAACUCACCAUAGGCCUGGGCGACCUGAACAUCCAGCAGAACUCCAAGUACCCCAUCCUCUUCCUGUUCCUGCUCAUCACCUACGUCAUCCUCACCUUCGUCCUCCUCCUCAACAUGCUCAUCGCCCUCAUGGGAGAGACGGUUGAGAACGUCUCCAAGGAGAGUGAGCGCAUCUGGCGCCUGCAGAGAGCCAGGACGAUCUUGGAGUUUGAGAAGAUGCUGCCAGAAUGGCUGAGGAGCAGGUUCCGGACGGGAGAGCUGUGUAAAGUGGCGGAGGAAGAUUUCCGGCUGUGUCUGCGGAUCAACGAGGUGAAGUGGACUGAAUGGAAAACACACGUCUCCUUCCUCAACGAAGAUCCCGGGUCCGUGAGGCGGACAGAUUUCAAUAAAAUCCAAGAUUCUUCCAGGAGCAACAGCAAAACCACCCUCAAUGCGUUUGAAGAAAUAGAUGAGUUUCCGGAAACUUCAGUGUAGCAGCAGAAUCCGGAGCUGGUGUGCGCAUGGGUGCUGCAGGCUGGUCCGGGACUGCGUGCUGAGGGCUUUGCCUCGUGAUGGAGCCUGGCUCUGCCCGCCUGGAAGCAGAAAGCACCCUCGGGCUGAACUGAGAGGCAGUUGUCAGUUUUCUGCGUGGAAAAGACCCUGGAUUUUGUUACUUGGUGAAGAGUUUGUGUAGACGGAUAGCCAGCAGUCCUGAACCUGGGGUUCCUGAAAUCCCUGGGUUCACCAGCUGGUGACCAGGUCAGCUUGGCUGGGAGAGGAGCCGUAGGGAAGGGGCGGGGCCCGAGGAGCAGAACUUUCUUCCUGUCAGCAUCUCCUUGGGAGCCCCAGCCGCAGCCCACACAUCCCUCCUCUCCCCUGCUGUGACUGGGGCUUCUGAAUUGAAGGGACUCUUGGUCUCAUCCCAGAACAUACAGGGGACUGAGCAAGUCCGAUCUCCUGGGGGAGGGAGGUGUGAGUUAUGGAAAUGCCCUUCCAGAACCUUCAGGGAACAGUAACUACCCUUGGAAUGCGUGCCCAUUGGCACCCCAAGGCUCAAACUGUCUCAAAGUGAGAGACUUUUCGUAGUGUAAUUAACACUGUUAUUAUUAUUAUUAUUAUUAUUAUUAUUAUUAUUUUAUUUUCAAUAGAAAAAGGACAUUUCAGUUUUAAAUGAAAAACACUUCAGAUGAAGUCCAUGAUUUUGAAAGCGGAGGAGUAGAUUUGAGGAUUUGGGACUGGAUGUAAGUAUUGUGUACUAGGCCUCAGGGUGGCCGGGGCAAAAACAAAAAGCUUUUCUUUGCGCGCACAAAAGUCCCGAUGAGACAGGCACAGUGUGAGGCAGCCCCGGCACUGGCAGCUGACUCUGGAGCCAGCUGGAGGCUGCGAUGGGGUGAGAGAGCCCGGCUCUCUUCCUCGCCCCGGCCCCUGCAGUAGUGCCCGCCUCCGAGCUGGGUCCCAGCCUCGUCUGAAACAGAAAUAGCAGCUGCUCUAUUUAUAUGGCCUGACACCCAGAGGUGACUCUCAUACAUCAGUGUUUUUCAUCGGAGGAAUUCAACAGAAUACCUGAAAUGCUCUGGCACU